AUGGUGGCUUCAGAGAACGGCACUGUUGUGAUCCCUACGAUGCAACCUGCGCCCAUGACACCAGCCGCUCCUGCAGCGCCGAAGGAAAAGAAGCCGAAGGGACUCUUCAAGGCACCCUCAUAUCCUGCCAGUGUACUUCGGCCUCGAGCGAGCCUCAGAGGGCCUACUCUGUCAACCUUGGCCGAUCCUUCCACUUUUCUUCCUCCCAUUGAGGACGACUUACCAGCGCCAAGUAGUAGUGGUGACAAAGGUGCGAGGGUGAUGCUACCAGCCAAGCGCGCAAAGGAGCUCGAGCGAGAGGCCAAGGAAAAGGAGUAUGCCGAUGGCCAACAUGCAAACAUGAUCAAUGGUGUUUGGCAUUGCUCUAAUUGUGGCUGUCCGGAGAAUAUCGCGGUGGGUCGCCGGAAGGGUCCUUUGGGGGACAAGUCACAAUGCGGCACCUGUGGUAAAUUCUGGCAUAGGCAUCGCCGGCCUCGGCCAGUGCAGUACAAUUCCGAUGCCGAAUAUCAUCGUAACCUUCUUCGGGAAGCCGAGCAAGCAAGAGUUGCGGCCAAGCGGAAACGUCCUCAAGUUCCGGUAUUCGACGACCCUCCUCCAGAGACUCCAGCAGAAGAUGCUGAUGUCGAACCUGAAACGCCCACGCGCCCCGUAUCCGAAGUAUGGAUCGAAGUCCCACCCGAGGAGUCGUCCGCACGUAGUGAAGCAGAAAGAAGGGCGCCAGCGUCUCCUAUGUCUACUACCUCAAGUACUUCAGAGUCUCCUCUUGCCCAGAGGAUCACCAGGCCAAACGGCGCCGUUCAUUCCAUGUCUGCACCUCCGGAUCCUGUCCUGCAGGAGCCUCAGCCUGAUAGUAGACCGACAGUGGUCGCACCUCCCGCAGGUUCUCCACCUCCUCCACGCCCGUCAGCUCCGCCGCAAAACCAUCAGCCCACGGCCGCGAUUCCUCCGUGGUUGAACCAAGCCAUGACGGAGAUGCACGCAAAAUACCCGGACGACAAAUUCGAAGUGACACUCCGGAAAGUGGCCACGACAGGAACGGUUGAGUGGCGAAUCAAGUGUUUGGAUUGCCCCGGGAAGCUCUACACGCCCGGGCCGGGUGAAACACUGCAGAAUUAUGAGGUGCAUCUGCGGAAUCGUCAGCACCGACAGAAAGUCAACGCCCGGCUUGGGGUGGCACCGCCCCCAUAG